AGAGAGAGAGAAAAAAAAAAAGCUCCUUGUUCCCUGUACAGACACAGCUCGGUUCUGGCUCCGGGGCAGAUGAGUAACACACCCCACCGUGACGCUGGAGCUAUGAGUUGCAACCUGCUCUUGCUCUCUGCUAUGCGCUGCUUAUCAGGCACUUUAUUUCUGACAGCUGCUCUGGAAACAUCUGCUCUGAGCGGCUGCUGCUGCUCACCCUGUGCAUUAAUUACUUCUGGAUCCUCCUUCCCAGUGGAGCCUUUUAUAAAAUCCCUGAACAGACAAUGAAGCUGCUGAUUUGUGUCCUUGUGAGCUUGGUCUUCUUGGCUCCGCUGAGGUUCGUCUCUGUCCCCUGGCUGUCCGGCCUGAUUGCAGGGCUGGGCGUCCUUGUGGUCUGGAUGGCGUCCUGGAAGAACAUUCGUAUUGCUGCAUGCACCAUCAAGAGAGACCUGAUGUAUGCAAGUACUCCGUUGUGCACGUCUUACUCCUGUCAUUUCAUCGCUCCCUCCAUUUUCCCCCCUCUUUUUUUCAACAGGUGUCUGGCUGCUAUUGUGAAAGUAAGACUUUCCCUGCACAGAAACGUGCGAAAUAAAAGAACCGUCCCUGCCUUGUUUGCUCAGAAGGUGCUGCAGCAUCCAGACAAACCCGCCUUGAUCUUUGGGGCCACAGGAGAGGUUUGGAGUUUCAAAGCCCUGCAGGAGCGAUGCAAUGCCGUGGCUCACUGGGCUCUGGCCCAGGGCUGGGCUGAGGGGGACGUGGUGGCCUUGUACAUGGAGAGUCAUCCGUUGGUGGUCGCCCUGUGGCUGGGGCUGGCCAUGGUGGGUGUGGAGGCCGCGUUCAUCAACCACAACCUGCGGCAGGAAUCGCUGCUGCACUGCAUUGGAGUAUCUGGGGCUCGGGCCGUGGUGUUUGGAGCCGAAAUGACUGAAGCGGUGUCGGAGGUGUCAGGAUCUCUGCAGCCCGGCACGACUCUGUUCUGCACUGGCGAUGAGGAGGAUGAGGAGGAUGAGGAGCAGCGCCGCAGCUUCCAAGCUCCGAGACUCGAAGCCCUGCUGACCUGCUCGCCCACACACCCGCCGUAUUACAAGCUGAGGAAAGGCUUCAAUGACAGACUUUUCUACAUCUACACGUCUGGAACAACUGGGAUGCCGAAGGCGGCGGUAGUUGUGCACAGCCGCUAUUUCCGCAUCGCUGCCUUCGGUUUUCAUGCGUUUGGCUUGCGUCCCGAUGACGUCUUCUACAACUGCCUCCCUCUCUAUCACUCCGCAGGGACCAUCAUGGGCGUGGGGCAAUGUUUGCUCUUUGGCUUGACAGUCGUAAUCCGGAGGAAGUUCUCAGCCAGUCGCUUCUGGGACGACUGCGUUAAACACGACUGCACUGUGAUCCAGUACAUCGGUGAGAUCUGCCGCUACCUGUUGGCUCAGCCUGUCCGCCCGUCCGAAGCCCAUCACCGGGUCAGAGUUGCCAUCGGCAACGGCCUCCGUCCCUCUGUGUGGGAGGAGUUCGUCCAGAGAUUCAAGAUCCAAAGAGUCGGCGAGUUCUACGGCGCGACCGAGUGCAACUGCAGCCUGAUCAACAUAGAUGGAAAGGUGGGAGCUUGUGGUUUCAGUAGCCGGAUCCUGCCCAACCUUUACCCCGUCCGACUGGUCAAGGUGAAAGAGGAUGAGAAAGAGCUGCUCAGGGAUUCGCAGGGACUCUGCAUACCUUGUCUGCCUGGGGAGCCCGGUAUGCUAGUGGGCCGCAUCAGCGACAAGGAUCCGCUCAGGCGGUUCGACGGCUACGCCGAUCAGGACUCGACCAAUCAGAAAAUAGCUCACCAUGUGUUCCAGAUGGGAGACUCUGCUUACGUCUCAGGCGACGUGCUGGUGAUGGAUGAAUACGGCUACAUGUAUUUCAGGGACCGCAGCGGGGACACGUUCCGCUGGAAGGGGGAGAACGUUUCCACCACAGAGGUGGAGGGGGUCCUCAGCGGCUUGCUGGGACACACUGAUGUAGCCGUCUACGGAGUGCCUGUUCCAGGCGUGGAGGGCAAAGCCGGCAUGGCAGCCAUCGCUCACACAGGAGCCGGUUUGGACCUUGAUGAGUUUUUGAGGGCCGUGCAAAAACACCUUCCCUCCUACGCGCGACCCGUCUUCCUGCGACUCAUGCCAUCUGUGGACACUACAGGUACAUUUAAAAUUCAAAAAACUCGUCUGCAGAAGGAAAGCUUUAAGCCACAGCACACGGGGGAGGAGAUCUAUUUUCUGAACAGCCGGGCUGGACGCUACGAGGCCGUUAAUGAUGAACUGUGUGAAGCCAUCGUUGAGGGCAAAGUUUCUCUCUGAGACAAAAGGACACCUGUAGAGUCUAGUGGAUAUUUUAUUACUAUUGUUUUUAAAUAUUUUUUUUAUUUUUUUUUAGAAAACUCCACUGUACGAUGGAAACCUUGUUGAUUUUUCAAAUAAAUGUACAUAAAAUGUUUG